AUGAAACUGUUGUGGAGGUCAGAGUGGCCUUUGCAGGUGGCCUUCCUCGUUGCCGUGGUGAUGCUCUACAUUGACCCCGUGUCCAGUGGCAACCGUAACCAUCGGGGACCGACAGUUGCUUACCAGGUGAAGCAGGGCACAUGUGAAGUGGUGGCAGUGCAUCGCUGCUGUAAUAAGAACAAGAUUGAAGAGCGCUCCCAGACGGUCAAGUGCUCGUGCUUCCCGGGACAGGUUGCUGGCACCACCAGAGCCAGGCCCUCCUGUGUGGAAGCCUCCAUCGUAGCUCAGAAGUGGUGGUGCCAGAUGGAGCCGUGCAUGGAGGGCGAGGAGUGUAAAGUCCUGCCCGAUCUGACUGGCUGGUCCUGCAGCACUGGCAACAAGGUCAAGACCACCAAGCAAACUCGAAAUACGCAGCCUUACUCCGGAUCACUGUUUAUCUGGGACAAAAUUGUGGGUAUAUGUUUAAGAUGUAUGCCAGAACUCCUGCGGAAGUGCCCUCUUUCGCCCUCCAUCAGCUUAAAAAGACCAAACACUCCCUGA